AUGGAUGCAUCUCAAUUUGCCGCGUUUAUGGAUAUGCAAAAGGCGUUGUUUAGCCAAAUAUCGAAGAUGACUGUGGGUGCUCCUACUUCAAGUGCAGCGCAAGGCAGCAGCAACACCAGCAUCAACACGACAUUGGUACCAAACUUCGAUCAUUUUGAUCCGGCAAAGGAAAUGUAUACCAAUUAUAUAGAGAGGUUUAACAACUACAUUGCAAUGAAGGGCGUCAGUGCUAAUAAGGAGUACUGUACAAAGUUGCUUCUUAACUCUAUUGGUGCGAAGUACUUUAACAUGGUGACGGCGUUGGCAGCGCCCAGAGCAGCGGCAGAUCUGCAAUACGAUGAAUUGCUAACCAUUUUGCAAAAUCAUUUAGCACCGAAAAAGAAUGUGUUGGUGGCACAACACAAAUUUUUAUCAAAAUAUCAGAUGCAAGGGCAAUCAGUGGCAGAUUUUGUGGCUGCACUCCGUACUGAUAUUAAUUCGUGCGAAUUUGUUUCACCGUGCAAAUGUGGAGCGUCCAUAGCCGAUGUGUUUUUGAGGGCACAAUUUAUUCGAGGCCUUUGUGACAAUACUGUACGCGAACAACUUCUUCAAUCCAGUACGGCGAAAAUUGAUGAAAUUGUUGGGAAGGCAUUGGCUCUAGAGGCUGCGAAGAUGGACGCCAGAGAAUUGUCCCAAGCAACGGGGCAACAGAAGCGUAAAGUCAAUUACGAGCAAUUAGGUAUUGCCGGUCUAUGUUUACGCUGCGGCAAAAACAAUCAUUUUGCGAAGGAGUGUCGCUCUAACAAAAAUCUUAAAUGUAACUUGUGUGCCAAGCAAGGGCAUGUAGCAAAAGUCUGCAUUGCUUCACUUUUGGCGGAUGGUCCUAAUGCCGGACGACGGGGUAAACCCAGUACGAGGGAGGCGUCCACGAAUCAAGUACGUGAUGAUUCGUACGGUAUUUAUAAAAUCGUGGAUGUGUACCGUAACGAUUACGCAAAUGCCAAUGCUGAGCGUUACUAUGCGAAUAUCUUCAUAGAAGGUAGAGUGGUAUCUUUUGAAGUAGAUUCUGGCUCUGGAUACUCAUUUUUGCCUAGGAGUGAAUUUGGGAAAUUAAAAUUGUCUAACCAAUUAACCGCCACAAACAUCGUUUUCCGAUCAUACACCCAAGAUAAAUUCGUACCAGAUGGGAAAGUCCGAGUAAAUAUAAAAUACAAAAACGUUUCAUUCAUCGAUGAUCUCUACGUUGUCCCAGACGGGUGUUCGGCGUUAAUUGGUCGUACAUGGAUACGUCGUCUAGGAAUUAAUCUAAACGAGCUAGACGAACAUAAGUCGAACAACAUGGUUACCAAUUCUAUCGGUGAGUCGAGCGACAUUCAAGAAUACAUUUCCGAAUUUUCAGCUGUAUUUCAACAAAAGAUUGGCUGCAUCCCUAGCCAUAAAGUUUCACUUCAAUUGCGUGAAGAUGCCACACCAACCUAUACAAAAGAGCGUCAAAUUCCAUACGCCUUAACCGAGCGUGUUAACAAGGAGCUGGAAGAGUUGGAGAAGGCUGGCAUAAUCACCAAGGUUGCCAAUAGUGACUGGGGGUCACCACUGGUGGUCAUCCCUAAAGCUGACGGUGGAGUGCGCCUUUGCGUUGACUACAAGGUGGGAGUCAACCAGCGACUUGUGAAUGCUCAUUACCCCAUUCGGAAAAUAGAUGCAAUUUUCAAUAGUCUCAGGGACUCUAAACAUUUUUGUCGGCUUGAUUUAUACAAAGCCUAUUUACAUGUGCAAGUGGACCAAAAGUCAAGCGAAAUUCAAACCAUUUCGACCCACAAAGGGACUUUUCGAAUGAAUCGUCUGUCCUUCGGCAUUAAAACUGCCCCGGCGGAAUUUAAUAGGAUUAUAGAUCAAAUUUUACGGGAAGUGCCCAAAACAGAAUCCUAUUUUGACGACAUCGUGGUACAUGGCGAGACUUUGAGUGAGUGCAAAGCAAACUUAAAAUUAUGUUUAGCCCAGUUGCAGAAGUACGAUCUGCACCUUAAUAUGGCAAAAUGCAAAUUUUUUGACAAUCAAAUGGAGUUUUUGGGUCACGUAAUACGGCACAACAAGGUCCAAAAGUCACCUUCAAAAGUACAAGCCAUAUUACAAAUGCCCCAACCAGAAAGUGUAGAAGAUGUUCGCCGUUUUUUGGGUAUGGUAACAUAUUACGCAAGAUUCAUACCGAAUUCGUCUACAAUUACCACCCCGUUGCGCAAUUUACUGCUCAAAAACGCUAUUUUUAAAUGGACAUCGGAAUGCCAAAAGUCUUUCGAUGUUUUGAAAAGAGAAAUUUCCAGCGAUCGCGUAUUGAUGCCGUAUAAUCCCGAUUUGCCGGUACAGCUUGCGUGCGACGCUAGUCCCACCGGGAUAGCUGGUGUUUUGUCGCACAUUAUUGACGGCCAAGAAAGACCGAUAGCGUUUGCCUCAAGGUCUCUUACUCCAGCAGAGCAAAAUUAUUCGCAAUUAGAUAGGGAAGCCCUAGCAAUUGUGUAUGCGGUUCAACAUUUUCACGAGUACAUAUUUGGCCGAAUUUUUAAGCUUAUAACGGAUAAUAAGCCGUUAUCAAGAAUUUUUCACCAAAAUUCGAAAUUGCCCCUAAUGACGUCAUCUCGACUUCAACGAUACGCCGCUUUCCUCACUGGAUAUAAUUACGAAGUCAGUACGAAAAAGGGCGAGGAAAAUGUCAAUGCCGAUUGUCUCUCCAGGGCCCCAAUUAAAUCAGGGAUUGGCACUACAAAUUUAAUUGAUCUAGAAGUACAUUCAAUUUGCGGGUCAACAAUACAUCAAAUUGCUUCAAUAAAAUUAAAUUUCAAAUCACUUCGAGACGCAACAAAGAAUGACGCAAUGCUUUCCAAAAUUUUGUUCGAUUUACGUAACUCAAAUGUGGUCGAUUCGGAGUACACCAUCGAUGCCGGCAUAUUGUUCAAAGGGAAAAGGGUCAUUGUACCAACUUCACUUCAAGAGGCAGUCUUAGAAGAGUUACACUAUACUCAUAUAGGUAUAACCAAGAUGAAGCAAUUGGCGAGACGUUAUGUGUUUUGGUCAUCAAUUGAUAAAGAUAUUGAACAAUUUGUACGUUCCUGUUCUGCGUGUGCCUUGGUAAAGAAAAAUCCUCCGAAAGCAGUUCUCCAUCCUUGGGAGGAGCCGGAUGGAAAUUGGCAACGUAUUCAUAUUGAUUACGCGGGGCCAUAUCAGGGAUAUCAAUUUCUUGUUGUCGUCGACGCAAAAUCAAAGUGGGCAGAAGUGGGGGUGUGCUCCUCUGCGCCAACAUCAACGUCAACAAUCGAAAUGUUAAACAACAUUUUUGCACGCAAUGGAUACCCUGAUGUUCUUGUCUCUGACAAUGCAACGAUUUUUAAAAGUGAAGAGUUUCAAAAUUUCUGCACUAAUUCCGGUAUCUUCCAGAAAUACAUUGCACCUGGCCACCCUGCCACAAAUGGUCUAGCUGAACGAAAUGUUCAAACACUCAAGCAGCGUCUAGCAGCCAUGGCAGAGGAUCCUUCUCCGAUAUCUAAAAAAGUAAGAGAAAUUUUAUUUAAAUAUCGAGCUACACCUCUUCGAAAUGGUAAAUCCCCAUCAGAAAUGUACCUGGGUAGACAAAUCCGAAUCCGAUUGGAUGCCUUGAAGCCAUCAAAAUUAACUCAGUCAUCUACGCCACAAUGUCCAGUUAGGAAACUGAGUGAGGGAGACCGAGUUCAAGUCCGAUACUAUACGCCAAACAAACCUGUAUGGAAAUUCGGAAUUAUUUCUAAAAAGCUUGGUAACCUUCAUUAUCUGGUAAAACUCGACAAUGGUUAUGUCUUCAAGCGCCACAUAGACCAACUCCGUUUCACAAAUGUAAAACUGCCUUAUUCUCCAGAUACUGAGCAGACUGAGUCGGUCCCAGAUUUUAGUUCAGGGAAUGGCGAACAGUCUCAUCAGCCUCUAAUUAUGGCACCCUACAUUCCACUGAGUACACAUGCUAAUGAUCCAGAAGUUCCCGGUACUUCCACAACACCAACUGCAGCCGGAACCGAAGCACCAGUUGGAACGCCAUCAGCCUCUACCCAAAACGCUGAUGCUGAGUCCACACCAAGUCGUCGUACCUCUGCAAGGCAACGGAGACAACCCCAGUAUUUAAGCGAUUAUGUUCGCCAUUAG